UAAAAUUUUCUAAUAGUCAUAAUGGCCAAUACGAGUACUCCAUCAAUAGGUCUGAGUGCUUACCGCGAUCAGCAUUUCAAAGGCACCAGGGCAGAGCAGGAACGACUUCUGAGAAUAUCGACCACGAUGUAUGUUGGAAAUUUGUCAUACUAUACAACCGAGGAACAAAUUCACGAACUAUUCUCCAUGUGUGGAGAUAUCAAAAGAAUCGUCAUGGGUUUAGAUAAAUACGAGAAAGUUCCAUGUGGGUUUUGUUUCGUAGAAUAUUAUAAAAGGACCGAUGCCGAAAAUUGUAUGAGGUAUGUUAACGGUACACGUCUUGAUGAUAGAAUAGUACGUACCGAUUGGGAUGUCGGUUUCGUCGAAGGAAGACAGUACGGUCGAGGAAGGUCUGGUGGACAAGUCCGUGACGAAUACAGGGCAGACUUUGAUGCAGGCAGAGGAGGAUAUGGAAAAAUUAUUCAACAGAAAGUGGAAGGUGUCGAAUCUUCUUCAACAGUGAGGAGAAAUAAAAGUCUUUAACUUCGUGGAGGUAAUGUUCACACCUUAAAUUAUCACACUUUAUGAGCAUUACCUUGAAGAUAUUUUUCAAUAAUCGUUACCCUAUUGUGAAUAAGACAGGCAUUAACAUUUUUAAUAUAAUUGUGAAUAGAUCAUCACAAGAUUUUUUUUAUAAGAGAUUGUGUAUCUUUUAUUGAUUUCUGUGUUUUACAGUCAAAGUUUAUUACAAUUUCGAAAUAUACAUAUUA